CGACAAGCUUCAGAACCACCCUCCCGCCAGCCAUUGACCGCCGCAACCAUGGCCCUGCCCCUUCGCUGUGCUCGCGCCCGCGCAGCGAUGCCGGCCCAGUCGCGCUCCGUCCGCAUUUCGCCGUUCUCGACCUCCACACGCCGCCCGGCCGGCCGAAUCAACCACGAUGUCAGGAUCACUAGGACCGGAAAACCCAUUCUGACCGUGUCCGCCGGUCGAUCCUCGCUCGGAGGCUACACAGCGACCGUGUUCGGAGCGACGGGUUUCCUGGGACGCUAUAUUGUCAACAGGCUCGCCCGUUCAGGAUGCACCGUCAUUGUGCCCUUCCGUGAAGAGAUGGCGAAGCGCCACCUGAAGGUUGCUGGUGACCUUGGCCGCAUCGUUUUCCUCGAAAUGGAUCUGCGCAACACCGCGUCGAUUGAGGAGAGCGUGCGACACUCUGACAUUGUCUACAACCUCAUUGGUCGCGACUACCCCACCAAGAACUUUGAUUUGUCCGAUGUCCACGUCGAAGGCACUGAGCGCAUUGCGGAUGCCGUCGCAAAGUACGACAUCGAUCGUUUUGUUCAUGUUUCCUCGCACAGCGCACAGCUCGACUCUCCCUCCGAGUUCUACCGCACCAAGGCCCAGGGUGAGCAGGUAGCACGUUCCAUCUACCCGGAGACCACCAUCGUUCGCCCAGCGCCUAUGUUCGGUUUCGAGGACCGUCUUCUCCACCGCCUUGCUGCGCCCUUGAACGUUGUCACCUCCAAUUGGAUGCAGGAGCGCUUCAACCCCGUCCAUGCCAUCGAUGUCGGCAUGGCUCUUGAGGCUAUGCUCCACGACGAUACAACAGCCGCUGAGACUUUCGAGCUUUACGGUCCCACAGAGUACACCAUGGCCGAGCUAAACGACCUCGUUGAGCGGGAAGCCAUGAAGAAGCGCCGCCACAUCAACGUUCCCAAGGCUCUCAUGAAGCCUGUUGCACGCUACGCCAACAAGCUCCUUUGGUGGCCCAUCCACUCUGAGGACGAGGUCGAGCGCGAGUUCAUUGACCAGUACAUCGAUCCUUCGGCCAAGACAUUCAAGGAUCUCGACAUUGAGCCCGUUGAAUUGAGCAGCCUGACAUUCGAGUACCUCAAGGGCUACAGGAGUUCGUCGUACUACGAUCUGCCACCCAUGUCGGAACGUGAGAAGCGCGAGGAGAAGAAGUACCUCCACGUCAUUGACGACCAGUAGAGGUGUGAGAGAAGGAAAUGAAAAUCUUGCGACGUGUGUAAAUACCUUGGCUUUUCCUUACCGGACUACACGGAUCUGUAGAAUCAAUACCGUUUCUUUUGUGUGCUCAUCUGUUCAGGACGUUCUCGCUCGUACGGUUUUUGGCUGACACUUGCAGGAGAAGCCAAAUGUUAGCGCGUAUUGCAUCACCAGAAGUCGUUCCUCCCCAACUGUGCAAACCUGAAGUACCCGGUUGGACUGUACAAGGGAAAUAGAGGCUCCAAAUGAUCAGACGCCAAUCAGUUUGACGAGGGCGCUGACUCCUUCCUAUCUAAUACGAACUGCGACAAAGGCAACGUCUUUGAUUAAUUACAAAAGCAUGUUCCAGAAGCUGAUUAUGAAUGACACCUGAACAACGAUUGGAGAAGCCAAGGCGCAUGCAACUAGACAGCUAGCAGGGACUGAGUUGUUUUCCUUCCCCAC